UAACGACUAUGUGUAUGUUUACAACAUUGUUGCCAGGAGACUUUUAUAUAAUAUAAUAAUUCAUUUGGUUUCUAAUCUUCAAAGCAUCAAGAAGCUUGGGGAAAAAUAUAUAUUUUUAUAAACUCAACAUUGGAUAUUUUUAUACUAGAAUUAUUGGAUAUUAUCACUAUAAUGAAUAAGUUGGUAUUGUCUCUGAUUGCUUUAUCAGUUGUGUAUAUUGGUCUUGAGGCAUUGACCUGUUCAACUGAUGAUGAUUGUUCAGGAGGGCAGAUCUGUUAUAUUCUUGGGGACUGUGCCAAUGGCACAUGCACUUGCUAUGCAGACCAGGUGUGGGUCAACGAAACCUGUGAAUUAGGAGCUGCGUUUGGGGCUUCUUGUAGCGGUGAAGGUUCUGGGAACUGUAAAACACAAGGGGCCAGUUGUAACACAACCUGUAUCUGUCCUCAAGUGGCAGGGUACGACCCAAUCACUGAAUCGUGUGUCAACACAAAUGGGAAAACAAUUCUAAAUGAAUAUAAUGCAGACUGCUCUGGAAGUGACACUAUAUGUAAUGUGAACAAAGGGUUUGUGUGCAACAAUAACAGUGUAUGUGCCUGUAAUUCAGCAAUGAAAAACAGUGAUGGAAUUUGCAUCUACAAGGACUUGGGAGACCCUUGCACUGUUGAUGCAGACUGUCAGGGGGUCUACUCGGCAGAGUGUACAAACCAAACGUGCCAAUGUCAGACAGGGGAGACUGCGGGAACAGUCUGGCCCAUACAAAGCUAUGGUGAUCUAGUUCAACUGAACCUUAAUGAUGGGCUUGGGAUCUGCAAACCAGCAGGAGCUGUGGAGAGAAAUGUAUCUGGUCAAACAUGUCAUUUAACCUUAAAUGGUGAUGUUGCCCAGUUGUGCCCAAGCACCGCAAAGUACUGCACCCAGUGUCCCGAUACUUCUAACAAUCAAAACGACUAUAUGGUGGGAAAAUGCUACAAUAGCAUUGUAUACCUACCUACCUCAACUGGGAUAGGUGGCGUUGGUCAGAAUUCUGGCAAUUUUGUUGUAUCCAAUAUUCUCCUUACUUUCAUGAGUGUUCUGUUUGGACUUUUCACAUUUGAGCAUUAACCCUUUCAUGUUCAAGAUUUUCUUUUGCAAUGCUGGUCAUUACACAAGAGCAACCAUGUUAGAAUGUUUUGAGGUAAAGUUUUGGUGUCUGGUCAAUAUACAGGGUGUUCAAAAAGUAACUAAACUUAUACUGACAUUUUGUUAAUUCUGCACCUAUUUUGUUCAGAUUUUUUCAAAAUAUACUUCCAAAUAUUGGGACUAGACUAACAAAUAUGAAAAUAUAUUAAGAAGUUCCGUUAGAGUUAUGGUUGCUAUGGUAAUGUGACAUCAUAGUUGCAUAGGCAAACUUAUAUCACAAAGUAGGAAUCUGGACUCCUAUUGAAUACCCUGAAUGACCGAUAUUUCUGUCACAAAUAAAUAAAAACCAGUCCUGUUACUUUUAAGACACUCAAGGGAAACAUGGAAUGCAAUAGAAAUCAAAUUUCACUAAGAAUGUACACCUCGAUCAUUAGCAGUUUGAAACUGAAUUCCUACAGUUGUUCAUAUCAUGGCAACACUGAAACAUGCAAAUUAUUAGGUUGAGUUGUUGUUUUCUUAUAUAUACUGUUACUAGCUGGUUCUAGUCAGAGAGAAAUGACAAGAAGAAAUGUGUCAUUUUGAAGUUGAAAAUGUUGUUGCAUAGGUCAUGCUUAUCCCCAACAAUGAGGUUUAUGCUGUACCUGCAUUUUCUUGUAUGAAACAUUCCAUUGAUAUGUACACCAGUGUGUGUUCAAAAGCUAUACAACUAUUCUGUUAAUAUAGCAUUAGUUAUUUGUAAAGGUUCAUGAAGAAGUCUAUAAUGACGUGUAUGUAUGUUUUAUGAA